AUGAACAACGAGGGCAAGGGGUUCACCGCGCGAGACAUGGAAGGGGUGAAGUUCAGCCAAGUGCCGCUGACGAUUGGGCGCCCGUACGUGAUGACGCAUCAAGGCAAAUGCGAGCACAAAUGGCGCGUUCGAGACGUGCGCAUGCCGCAUUCGGACGACGAAACGCGGAACGAAAUGUUUCCUUUAGUCAUUCGCGAAGGGCGCGUGUAUAGACGAGGAUGCUCCGUGUGCGGCGUGUUCGAUAGCUCUCACGUCACGUACGGCGACAAACUCGCGGCGGAGAGCCCGAGCUUUUUCUGCAAGCUUUGCUUCGACGCCGUGCAUUGCGACGUGGAUGGGAAGCUGAUGUACAAUGACUUUGAAGAUUACCAGUACGAUCACGAAUAG